CCAGCACCUGGUUGAUGAGCCUCGUCUUCUCUUCCAGCUCAGCCUGGUUCUCCAAGUCACCUGCAGCCAUGAAACAGUCAAACAUCACGAACUAACCGGAGCAGGAAAAACAGUCAGACCUGUGGUGAGGUGAUCCAGCAGCAUGGACAGCGAUGAUGAAAAUAUAGAAGAAGUUGUGGAAGGUCCGCUGGAUGAAGAUGGUCAGCCCCAUGGUUUCUGCACAGUGACCUACUCAUCCAGUGAUCGUUUUGAAGGACACUUCACCCAUGGAGAGAAGAAUGGCAAUGGCAAGUUUUUCUUCUUUGAUGGAAGUACCCUGGAGGGUUUCUAUGUAGAUGAUGCUCUGCAGGGCCAGGGGGUCUACACAUAUGAAGAUGGCGGAGUCCUCCAUGGGACAUAUGUGGAUGGCGAGCUCAAUGGGCUUGCUCAGGAGUUUGAUGGAGAGGGCCGCAUGGUGUUCAAGGGCCAGUACAAAGACAACAACCGCUGUGGGGAGUGCUGGGUGUACUACCCUGAUGGCGGCUGUGUGUUUGGGGAGGUGAAUGAGGACGGGGAGAUGACCGGUGAAUCUGUAGCGUACAUCUACCCAGACGGACACACAGCUCUCUUUGGAAGCUUUGUGGAUGGGGAGCUAAUUCAGGCUUGCCUCACCACCCUGAUCUCGAACGAGAGUGGGAGGCCACACUUUGAAGUCACACCAAACAGUCCUGUGUACUCAUAUGACAAGUCCACAUCCACCUGUAUCGCCACCCAUGCUCUUUUUCCUGACCCAUAUGAGAGCCAAAGGGUGUUUGUGGCAGACUCUCUGAUUAAAGGAGCAGGACAGGGCUUGUUCGCCAAGACAGAUGUUGAAACGGACACUGUGAUGGCUUUUUAUAAUGGAGUACGCAUCACACACACUGAGGUAGACAGCAGAGACUGGGCACUGAAUGGAAACACAAUCUCACUGGAUGAGGACACUGUGAUCGAUGUCCCUCAGCCAUUUGACCAGACAGAGAGAUACUGUGCUUCUCUGGCUCACAAGGCAAACCACUCCUUCACUCCCAACUGCAAAUAUGACCCGUUUGUCCAUCCUCGUUUUGGGCCAAUCAAGUGCAUCCGAACAUUGAGGGCUGUGCAGAAAGACGAGGAGCUAACAGUUGCCUAUGGCUAUGAUCAUGGGCCAACGGGGAAGAGUGGCCCAGAGGCUCCGGAUUGGUACAAGCAGGAACUAGAGGUGGCUUGUUCAGGUGUUUCUGUGGUCUGUGGGUUUAUGGACGCUGUUUUCCGCAAGGAUACCGCGCUGAGUACCACCAGGACACCGGUAUGGGGAGGACUGAUCAUGGCAUCUCCAGGUGUUUUGGCGCUGUUUGCCUCCCAAAGGAAAAACUCCGUUUUGGUGAGUGUGAUGGUGGUAGCAGCAGGGCUCUCCUGUGCGGCGGCGCUAUUCAUGUCAGGUUAUGUUUGUCUGACACUUGCCUAUGGGGAGGAGGAUGAAGACGUCUUUCACCACCAUAACAGUCCGCAAGUGACAUUUGUGCUUCAUCGGAUGGUGAAGGGGGCCAAUGCUACAAUCCUGCUGACCUGCACCAUCAGCCUGGCUCUUUCCUCUGUCAUUGGCUACGUGGGCUGCCGCAGUCUGCCCUGCUGUGGCUGCUAUGAUGCCAGAACUGGACUGGAGACACUGGUUCCUCAGUGCGACCCUGGAGACACAGAGAUGGUGUGUACCUGGCAAGCAGGAGGUGAUGGCGGGCUUUUCCACUCUCCAGCUCAGUCCACUGACCAGGGCAUAACUGAGGAAGAGGAGGGACCCUCCAGACUGCCUCCAUACAGCAGACUGACCUAACACACAGCCACAUCAGAGACUGGUCCUUAACAGUCUUGUUUGUUCUCUUCAUUCCAGUGAGGGGGAGCAUGAUUAAUGAUGGGGUUACACAUUUUUUACUUUUUGUGGAUGGACUGAAGCACUCAGCAGUCUUGAAAAAUGGGAACAUUAUAUAAAGAUAUCUUUUAUAGAGAUAUACAAGUAGUGUGCUACUGAUUAGGCAUAGCACUUUGGACUGCGGCAGCAUCUUUAUUUGCUCUUUGACGGCAGAUUUCAUUUAAACUGUACCAAAUCUGAACACCUGUAUAUGUGACAUGUAAGGACUGAAAUUUUGUUUGUUCUAAAUUUAUACAUAAAUCCUUAGACAUUUUAUGUGUAUUUAAUAAAUAAAA